AUGAGUCUUAUAGAGUUGGAACCGAAGCAACAUUACACUCAAGCACCAUCGCGUUACUCGGAGGGUAGUUUGGUAAAAAAGAUGGAGGAGCUUGGAAUUGGGAGACCUUCUACAUAUGCAACAACAAUUAAAGUAUUGAAAGAUAGAAAUUACAUGACAGUGAAAAGCAGAGUGUUGUAUCCAGAGUUUCGUGGGAGAAUGGUGUCUGCUUUUUUGUUUCAUCAUUUCUCUGAGGUGACUGAUUAUAGCUUUACAGCUGAUAUGGAGACUGAGUUAGAUAAUGUUUCAGGGGGUUUGACUGAAUGGAAAGGGUUGCUUAGAGAUUAUUGGACAAGAUUUAGUAAGUAUUGUGAACGUGCUAGUAGUGUUCAUAUUCAUCAAGUGGAGAAGAUGUUGGAGAAAACAUUUGGUGAUUUUUUGUUUGCUUCUCUUCCUGAUCAAAGUAGAUUGUGUCCAAGUUGUAGAGAGGGUACUUUGAUUUUUAAAGUGAGUCGAUUUGGUGCUGGUUAUUUCAUUGGUUGUGAUCAACAUCCUCAGUGCAAGUAUAUUGCUAAGACACUAUAUGGUGAUGAUGAGGAUGAUUCUAGCCCAGAAAAUAGUCGAGCUGUAGAGGAGCCCAAGGUUCUUGGAGUGCAUCCUACCUCUAAUGAAAAGAUUCUAUUGAAGGAUGGUCCAUAUGGUCAUUAUGUACAGCUUGGUGAAGACAAAAAGGGACACUUACCUAAACGAGCUUCUGUUUCCCAGAUUUCAGAUGUUACCUCUAUAACUUUGGAAGAUGCUCUUCAGUUGCUGCGUUACCCCAUUACUUUGGGAAAACAUCCAGAUGAUGGUUUGCCAGUGGUACUGAAGCUUGCAAGACAUGGGUUGUCAGUAAAACAUAGACGUACACAAGCACCAGUACCAAAGAACACGAAUCCUAAUGACAUAACUUUGGAGAAAGCAAUGAAGUUUUUGAUGGGAAAAGAUGCCAAGCAAACUGGGAGGCCCAAGAAGAACAGAGACAAGGAAGCGGUUGAGGUUUUGUAG